AUGCGCUUCUUGAAAACAACAACCCUCUCCUUCGAAGAGAUUCCAGACUCCGACAUCACGCUCCCGCAAAACCGCUACGCCAUCCUCUCCCACAGGUGGUUUCCUGACGAGGACGAAGUGACAUAUGAUGACGUGAUCCUUGCCUGCGACCUCUCCGAGCGACGGGGCUGGGCGAAGAUCAAGGGCUUCUGCGAGCUGGUGA